UGGUUGAGCGCGAAAUUUCAAAAUUAACAGGAAUAGAGGCAGCAACAGGAAUUGUUAUUGUAGUUAAAGUGCUAAUAACAGUUCAAAAUUUACAGAGUAAUAUAAUCUUUGCUUAUCCAUAAGGUGAAUAUAUUAAUAGUGAGCCAAGUUUUAGCCCGAGCUGAGAUGGAUAUCGCUUCGCAUUUACGGUGUUUUGAAGAAAGUUUGGUCUCCUACAGCGGAGACGACCCGCUGGAUCCGUGGGACAGGUUUGUGGCCUUCCUGGAGCAGAGGCAGCCAGCAGGGGGCAGCAGUGAGAUGUCACUGGUGUUUGAGGCACUGGUCCAAAGAUUCCUCAACAUGGAUCAAUAUGCCAACGACGUCCGCUACGUCAACUACUGCAUCAGAUGUGCGAGUUACUGCACAGACCCCGCCACCCUGUACGCUCACGUUUUCACGGGCGUCGGCAGCAGGACGGCGGCUCUGUACCUGGCCUGGGCUCGGCACUUUGAGCAGAAGGGAAUGAAGGAUCAGGCUGACGCUGUUUACCGGAAGGCUCUGGAGAACCAGGCCCCGGCGGACAGGCUGCUCCACGAGUACAGGCAGUUCCAGAGCAGAACCAGAACCGAGGCUCCAGUGUCCGGAGCCCGAGUCCCUCUGCAGAACUCCCAGCUGACCAAUCAGAUGUCUCCCCAGAAAAAGGCCGCCGCUGCUUCUCCAUCCAAACUGCCUGUGAGAAGAACCGUCAUGAGCGUGUCCCGCGCCGAGAUCGGGACGCAGCUGUCCAGUCAGGAUGCCGCCACCCUGACAGUCUCCGAGUACAGCGAGGACGCGUUGUACCGCGACGGCGCAGAGUUCUGCUUUGAAGAGGUCCGGGCCGAGAAAUACUUCAGGAAGAUCCGGGAGAAGCAGGAGCGGGAGCGGAGGGAGAACAUGCAGCGGCAGCUGCGGCAGCAGGAGCAGGAGGUGCAGCGGCUGCAGAGCAUGCUGCAGCAGGUCAACCAGGGCCUGCAGGCCUGUGGAGCAUCUCACUGCCCAGCGCUGCAGGCCUCUGCUGCUCCCUCCAUCUUCUCCAACCUAAGCCUGAUCCAGGAGGCUGCCGGUUCCGGUUCUGAGACGACCCGCCCCAUCCUGUCGGACUGCAGCGGCGCGGCAGAACCUCGGGCUGCCGGGUCGUCAGCCCAGAGAAACCCGGACGCCCGGCAGCGCGGCGACCUCGGCGCGGCGCCGCUGCAUUGCGGUCUGGUACCAGAACCUGAGGACAAGCUUGACGUGUCUCAGGGAGGAGCAGACAUUUUCUCCCACGCCACGCCCAACUCCUCUCUGGGCUUCGUCCAGGCCACGCCCUCCAGGGCUCUGCCGUCGCCCAUCAACACACGGGAAGCCCUGGGCGUCAUCAUGGACAUGUUCCAGGCUCCGACCUUCCUGGAGCCGUUCCAGGGAGCCUCCAUGCUGCAGCAGGCCGCUGCAGAACCCGACCCGGACCUGGAGACCGGCGUGGUCCCGCUGGUACCGGAGCCGCUGGCCUCCGCCCCGUUCACUAUCUUCCAGGAUUAUGAAGACAAAGAGAACAGCAGCGCCAUGGUUCUGGUUGAGAGGUCCAAACCGGCCAGGGCUCUGACAGAACUCGGCGGGCCGAGGCCGGACAGACCCAACCAGACGCCGUCGGAGCUGAUCCCAGACGAGAGCACCGUGUGGGGCGCUCGCUUCAACGCGCUGGCCGCCUGUCCCAACAGCACCAGCGACUUCGCCCCGUUGGCCCAGUUCGUCUCCACGCCGUUCACUCACAAGACGCCGUUCGGCGGCUGCUUCUUCCUGGCUGAAGAGAAUCACGGAGACGGCGGCGACGCUGACCAAAACGUCUUCGUCAGACGACAGACGAAAAAACUCAGCCCCAUCAUGGAGCAGAGUCCACCUGAUGACGCGGCGGCGGCUGGCGCGCCGCUGCUGCCGGCCUCGGCGCGGCAGGGUACCAUCAUGGCCGACGGCUUCGCCUCCUCCUGCCUCAGCAUGACGCAGCCGCCGCCCGCCCUGCUGUCCUUCAGGGACCAGACGCUCGGCCCGGCCGAGGCCUCCGGGUCCAGCCCUCUGCAGAACCCGCUCAGGCCCAACAGAGAACCGUUUCAGAUCCUGGAGGACCCGGAGAGGCCCGGCAGCCCAGAACCAGAUCAGAACCGGCUGGGUGACGUUCCCAUGAGCCCGCAGUGCGCCCCCACGGCGAGCUGCCUGGACAUCAGGAGUCCCUGCCGACCCGGAUCGUCCAGCGGCCGGGUCAGAACCCGGGACGUCCCCAUGAGCCCGGCGGCGCCCAGCGGCCUCCAGCUGCUGUCUGAUCCCUGGGACGCCGACCGGAUUUCGGACCUGCUGUCCCGACUCCACCCACCGCUGACCUCUCACCCCUGCUGCUACAGCUGGCCCUGCGCCGUCCCCAGCAUCGGCCCCAAGAAGACCCUCAGCAUGGGAUCGUCGUCCCUCAGAGUGGACGCCGUCCUUGGACAGGGAGCCUUCGCCACGGUCUUCCAGGCCACCGACCCCGUGACCUCUGACAGGAUGGUGCUGAAGGUGCAGAAACCGGCCAAUCCCUGGGAGUUUUACAUCAACACCUGUCUGGACGCCCGCCUGCCUCCUUCUGUGCGCCAGCUGUUUGGCAGCAUCCGCUCCGCUCACCUGUUCCUGGACGGCAGCAUCAUGCUGGGGGAGCUGCACAACUACGGCACCCUGCUGAACGCCGUUAACUUGUUCCGGGCGCAGAGCGACAGGGUGAUGCCGCCGGCCCUCGUGCUUCACUUCGCCGUCUGCAUCCUGCACACCGUGGAGCAGCUGCACGCCGCGCGCAUCAUCCACGCCGACAUCAAGCCUGACAACUUCCUGCUGGGAGAGAGGUUCCUGGAGAACCGGUGCUUCGACGCGGACGCCGUGGACCCGGCCUCGUCCUCAUCGACCUGGGGUCAGAGCAUCGACAUGGCGCUGUUCCCAGAAUGCACUGCGUUCACCGCCAGGUGUUUGACGUCCGGCUUCCAGUGCACCGAGAUGCUGAGCGGGAAACCCUGGAGCUACCAGACGGAUUACUUUGGGAUCGCGGGAACCGUCUACUGUCUGCUGUUUGGGACCUACAUGCAGGUCGUUAAUGAGGGCGGCGUCUGGCAGACCAAUGGCAUCUUCAGACGGAAACCCCACGCCGACCUGUGGCUGGACUUCUUCCACACGCUGCUCAACGUGCCGUCCUGCGGCGCGCUGCCCAGCCUGCAGGGCCUCCGGCGCCGGCUGGCCGCCGUCCUGCAGCAGCACUACGGCAGCAAGCUGGCGACGCUGAAGAGCCGCCUGGUGGUGCAGCUGCUGGAGAACCACCGGGCCCGCAGGUGAUCCUGUGGGGAACGGCCGGAUCGACAGACUGCUUUCACUGAAUCACACAUUCUGUAAAUAUAUUGUUUUUUUUAUGGGCUUCAUUUUGUAGAGCUGUGAAAUGAUUCUUACAUUGUUGAUGACAAUAAAAUGUUGGAGUCUUGUUGA